AUGAGUAACAAAGCGAGCAUCGCAAAUAUUCUCAACGCCGAUACGUCCAAUACUUCCAAUCAUUCGGAUCAUAGAUCUUCUAUACCAAACAAUUAUCGAUCAAAUCAAACUUUACCUGCCAUAAGUGAUGUAUUCUCUGUUGUUCCUAUUAGUUAUCCGGGUGGUCCGCAGAUUCAAUUAGUUCCUGAUGGUGAUUUAGCAAACUUUAAUCGUGCAAAUUCAAUGAUCUUGAAUCAUGAAGUUUUGGAUGCAAUGUCCAUGAAGACUGCUGCU